ACUGAGUUAGAGUCUGAAGAUACCUCGGGGUCGGCCUUCCGGUUAAAUGUUCUCUGCGAUGGGUCGAUCGCUCUCAGAGAGUUGAUCAUCCAAAUGAAUGAGAAUGAAAUUUCUGCUACGGACGAACCCAACCACCUAUCGACGUCUUUGGUCUUUUCCGACUACGAUCUAGGAUAUCUCCUUCUGACCUAUCGGGGGUCUUCUCCACAAGCCGCGAUCCUUGAUGAGCCUUUGCACGCAUCCUUGCCGUCAAUAUCAGACUCGUCGAGGCUGGAGCAUGAUGCUUAUACUCAGCUAAUCAAACCUCGACGAGCUCCUUAUCAGGUGCCGGCGAUUUUCUAUGCUGAGAAUCCCCUGGGGAACUUUAUCGAAGAGAACGUUCCACACCGUCACCGAGCCUCACUCCGAGAGCAGGUCCGUCUGUCGCCGGCCACUCUCGACUUGGUCGCUGCUGCUCAUAGAGUCUUGUCCACUCAUACAGGCGCUCUUGAGAGGGCCGCCGCAGAUCUCUUCCGUCGCUGUGAAAGGCUACGGGGGGAGAUGCGGGAACAACUGGAGCGGAUCGCAAGUAUUGCAGAGCGGAUCAAGAAUGUGUCGAGUACCAUUGGCGAAGACGGUCAAAGAAAGGAGGGCUCCCGAAGCGAGGAGGCUCUAAGUAGGAGACUGGAGACGGCGAAGGCGAGGCAAGAGCAGCUUGUUCAGCGAUACAACGGCCUCAAGAACAAGAUUUCGAAACUGGGUGGCCGGCCCCUAAGCGAGAAGGAAAAGGCUUGGGUGGUGGAGGUUGAUUCUCUGGCGAACUCUAUCGAGAGAGCGGAAACCAAGGAAGAUGAGCAAGCUGAGACGCUCAGACAGAGAUUAGAAACAGCGAAAUCUCUUGCCACCGAACUUCUGGCCGAAGUGAAGCGUGUGGCUGCAGAAGCGUCCACGGCAGCUGAACCACCUCCAACGGGAAGCCCGAGCACCCAACCGAAGAUCCCGCCAAAGCUACAGAGAGCGAAGAUAGCAGAUGCCAUGAAGAUGGUGGAGAGAGAAUCUGCCGUCAUCGAAGCGAUCACAUCGAGGCUAGAGCGAUUGAACGCAAGCGUAUCCUAA